AUGGACACCACCUUCAUCACCAUCCACGGUGAGUCGUCUGCCUUGGCCACCCAGCCUGCAAGCCUCGGUGCUGACUCGUGUAUGUUCGUCACAGACCUGUCCCGUGACGCCCGCAUCCUCUACGCCUCCGACUCCAUCGUUGAUAUCCUCGGCCACACGCCUGAUGAGGUUGUCAACCGUCCCGCCUGGGAUUUCUUCCACCCAGAUGAGCUCCCCGUCGCCCAGGACUUCCAUAGUCGCGGCGUCCUGCUCGACAAGGCCGCCGUCCUGGCUUAUUGCCAGAUCCGGAACCGCCAGGGCGACUGGGUUGGCUGCGAAUGCUGCUUCUCCGUCGUCUACGAUGUCAUGGUCUGCUGCACCAGCAUCUACCGGAGGGGCUCCAUCAGCCAGAAACGCGCCGUCGAAGCUCCCGUCGUGCGCAAGCUGUUUACCUCUUCCCCGAAGGACCCUAGGUACCACAUGUUGACCCACCUUUCUUCCAAGUUCAACCUUGGCCCGCAGCAGCAGACUCAUGAGCCUCGUGCUGCCCUGUUCCUCAAUCGCUUCACUCGGACCCUUACAGUCAUGUACGCUACCAGUGGCAUUGAGCAGGUCAUUGGCAUCCCCAGCGCAGUGAUGAAGGGAAAGAGCUUCUAUUACUGCAUCCAGGAGAACUGCUUGGAAGAUGCUGUCAGAGUGCUUGAAACAGCCAAAGGCAAUGAUUCUAUAGCCUAUCUCCGCUUUUGGUUCCGCGACCCUAGGGCCGUCGAAGGUGCGGGGGCCUCCUCGGAAGAUGAGACGGACGAAACCAUGACAGAUGUCACGACCGAGGAUGAGGAAGAAAGUGAUGCUGGUGCUCGCCGAAGAGCUCCUCCAGCAUCUCUUCCGACGCAGGGCUCAUCAUCCACCACCAUGUCCUCAGGCAUGGACUCUAGUACCUCUGCCGAUGAUUCUCGGCAGUCUUCCAGUGGUAGUGGCGGCAGCUCAAGCUUAUCUGCUUCGCAGCCUCACUCGGGAGAUCAUCCCAUCUCGCCCGCUGCCAGUAAUGCAGAGAAUGACCCGAUCGAGCUUGAAGCCGUGGUCUCCUGCACCUCUGAUGGCUUGGUGGUUUGUCUUCGCCGUGCCCGCCCAGCUAUGCCGCCAUCUACCCAGCCUCAGCCAUCGGCCGACGCCCAGCCACAGUACCCCCGCGGCCUUUUCGCUGCACCCUGGGGUCAGGAACCUGUCUUCCUGCCUCCGCUGCCGCAACCCUAUGCCAAUGCUGCGCGCAUGGGUCUCCAGCCGCCAAUCCAACCAGAGAUCUCAACCUUCGGUGGGCCAGCCCAGGCCGAUUUCAUGCAGUCCAUCAGGGACGUGGCGGUAUUUGCUUGGGCGCUUACAGGCAUCAACGGAUGCCUUGCGGAAUACACUCGCGGCAAGCCCGCUGGAGAGUCUCAGCCACCUGAGGGUUUCCCGGUCUGGGAGCCGGAAGGUGGUAUGGCAGGCACCUUGCGCGAAAUUCACAGUUCUAUCAGCUCUAGUAGCGGAAACGGACCGUAUCCUAGCCCUGGAAGUAGGGAUCCUUUCGGUGAUCCUGGACUGGAUGGAAAGAGGUUCUCUUAG